AUAUACUCGCUAUUAUGUGUCAUCUCACAGUAUCAAGAAUAUUCAGCUGGUCGUGGCACCGCUGCACACGAAUACAGGGUUCCAGUAGUGAAAUAUGUGACUCAACCACCAACUACGACCGCCACCACAUCGUGUCCAAGUUCACGAAGAGGUGUGACCAAUAACGAAACAAAGGCAACACCGACUCAGAGUCCCACAAUAUGUCACAAUCCUCUGUUAUCGGAGAAAAGUCCGAGUACUGGGAGUCGUGUAUCACGAAAACAUGUACAGUUUCCAUCAUCGAGUCAGAUAGAGAGGCCAGGAUGCAAAGAGCGAACGUGCUAGCUUUUGAAGAUAAUGAUGAUGAGGAUGAGUUUGUUGUUCGUCGACCGAGGUGGAUACGAGACAGAGAAGAUCACUUCCACAACCUAGAUGAUACAGAUUUUGUAAUGAGGUUUCGAUUGUCAAAACGAACAGUGCUGUCUGUUUUGGAGACGAUCGAAAAUCAACUCGAAUUUCGAACAGACAAAAAUAAUUGUGUGUCUCCUAUUAAUCAACUACUGUGUGCCCUCCGUUUCUAUGCCACUGGAUGUUACCAAACAACUGCUGCAGAUUUAUGUGGUUUCAGCACUUCUACUGCUCAUAGAAUUGUGCACAGGGUCAGUUGUGCUAUAGCUUCUUUGCGACCCCUUCAUGUUCUUUUUCCUGAGACACCUUCUCAAAUCCGCAAGACACAAAUGGAAUUUUACAAUAAAGCGAGAUUUCCAAGAGUUAUUGGUGCAAUAGACUGCACCCAUGUUAAGUUCAUAAAGUCACCAGGUGGUGGAAAUGCGGAGGUUUUCCGCAAUAGAAAAGGAUACUUCUCAUUAAAUGUCCAGGCUAUUUGCAAUGCAAAUUUGGAGUUUACGGAUAUUGUUGCAAGAUGGCCAGGCAGCACACAUGACUCCCAUAUUUUCAAUAACUGCUAUCGGAAAGCUAUGUAUCAACAAAGAAGAUACGGUAAUGCUGUGCUUGUUGGAGAUGGAGGGUACGCAUGUACGAGUUACAUGAUGACUCCACUGGAUCAAUGUAAUACAGCUGCUGAACAUUUAUAUAAUGAAUCUCAAAUUCGAACAAGGAAUUCCAUUGAGAGACUGUUCGGUGUAUGGAAAAGACGUUUCCCAGUUAUGGCUCUUGGAUUACGAGUCAGUGUGAAGAAUUCUUUUCCUAUAAUUAUAGCCACAGUUGUACUCCACAAUAUUGCUCGACGUGCUGGAGAAGAUGUUCCUCCUGACGAUCAUGAGAUAAUACUACCUGCCCCUUGGGACAUUCUCCUAGCUGAAGGCAACAUUGAUGAAAAUUAUUUAAUCAAUCUUCAAUGCCGCUUAGAUAGGCCUAGACAAAGAGAAAAUCCCAAUCAUCGAGAACGCCGUGCUCUUGUCGAUAACUAUUUUGAGAAACUGGCAAAUAGAAGCUAAAAGCUAUUAGGGUGCGAGAGAUAUUGAACGAAAAUAAAGUCUUUAUUCAAUUCAAAUACUCUUACAUAUAGUAUAAUAAAAAAAGGAAGGUGGCAAGAAGAAAAGCUGUGCACAAUAUAAUAGAAAAUUAAAAAAUAUUGUAAUGACAUUAGUUUGUAUAAUAAAUGACUUUAAACA